AAGAAUAGUAGUGCACUAUGCAUCGACAUCGCCAGACACAGAUUUACCCGCCACUCCACACACGGUGUCUGGACGGUGCUUCGCUAACUUGCGGCAGCAGCUAAUCCGUUGUUCUCUAUUUCCACCUUCCCUUUGCCUAUCCUUCUUAGUUUUUCCCGAUCUUUUUCAUACUUCGAUUCAAUUGCACGCACUUGUUACUCUGAUCCCGUUAAACAGUCACGUGGAUGAUCCCGAGAUUCGCAAAAGUGUUUUAUACGACUAACGACGAACAAACGAGAAAAGGAUAGCGAAAACGAUCAAGGAGAAUAUCAGAAAUUCUAUUAGUGAUUGCGAAGAAUUGACGAAUAGUUAGAAUCACAUAAGAAAAUUGGGGAACUUUUAAAAGUCGCAAGAUCACGAAAUCAGUGAGGUAAUUGCACAUCACGAUCGUCGACCAACUCAAUUUUGGACAGCAACGAAGAUCCCGGCCGAAAUUCACCGCAUCGAUUUUAACGGGCUUUGAUAUUUUCAAGUUUUAAGAUUGCAAGAUGUCGGGCAUUGUGGAGUGGUAUAGAAAUGUACUAAACAAUGGACAAGAUCCGAGAACAGAAGGAUGGUUUCUGGUUUCUAGUCCUGGUCCAACUCUGACAAUUGUAGCGACGUACAUAUACUUCUGUGUUUCCGCCGGACCAAGAUACAUGAAAAACAAGAAGCCGUAUGAAUUAAAGAAUACUAUGAUAAUUUACAACUUUAUUCAGAUCCUAUUAAGUGUUUAUCUGGUUCACGAGGGGUUAAUGGCUGGUUGGUUAUAUGAAUAUAAUUAUAUUUGUCAACCGGUCGAUUAUUCGUACAAACCGAGCUCUGUAAGGAUGGCCCGUGGUGUUUACAUAUAUUUCAUAUGCAAGCUGAUCGAGCUUCUGGACACCGUAUUCUUCGUGAUGCGCAAAAAGGAUCGUCAAAUUUCUUUUCUACAUCUCUAUCAUCACUCGAUGAUGCCGGUUUGCGCUUGGAUCGGUGUCAAGUUUUUCGCCGGCGGUCAUCCAACUCUCCUUGGUGUCAUCAACUCUUUCAUCCAUAUCUUCAUGUACAUAUAUUACAUGCUAGCAGCAUUUGGACCGCAUAUGCAGAAAUAUCUCUGGUGGAAACGGUAUUUGACCACUAUUCAGAUCGUCCAAUUUAUUAUAAUAUUCUUCCACAAUUUCCAGAUGUUAUUUACCAGUUGCAAUUUCCCAAAACCGCUUUCAUUCCUACUUGUGUUCAACUCCGGUCUAUUUAUAUACAUGUUCGGAUCGUUCUAUAUAAAUAAUUAUGUGAAAUCGAAAGAUAAACAAUCAAAAAUGACGAAGAAAUCGAAAACUAAUAAUAUUGUACGUAUCACUGCCAAUGGCUUCAUUUCCGUCAAUGGUAAUUCGAUUUUUGACGAGAUAGCUAACAAUAAGUCGGAUUGAAAAACUUAACGCGUGGUUUUUCUAUUCGCAAGACUGUAAUUGCGCGAAUAGAAUAUUUCUCCAAGGAUGAUUUAUCAAGAGAAAUACAUAUUAAAUCCUGUAACAUAAUUGUAAUAAAUACCGUAAUUAACACAUAAGAAAAAGAAUCCGCCGAUAUUUCUGCAAUGCUAGUUACGAAAGUAGGUUAACGCAU